CUUCCAGCAGCAGUCGGGUUUUUAUCUUCGUGUCAUCCAGACGUAAUUUUGUACGCGCGCGUUGUGCUGUUAAAAAAAGUCUCUCUCAGCAGAAGAAGGAAAGUCAUAUCCUAAAAACUAGUGUGACCUUUUCUCUCCUGUGCAAAGUGUGUACUCGGUGUCACUCGUGCGAUCCCUUUCACUCGCGAAAACUCGUCGAAAACGGUGGAUGAGGUUUUAGUUUUCGCGAUUCGUGAAUAGUGUGUAAAAGAAAAUACCCACUGAAAAGUGACGAAAUUGCGUGGAUUUCUUAUCAAUCGGCAACUUGGAUUACUAGAAACGUUACAACAGUUCGAUUCGUUCGGCUCGCAUACUUAGACCAGUGAAACAGAUCAAACGCAAAGAGGCACGUCGUCGUCAACGCAACCGGAGAAAGUCCACCACGACCCAAACUAGCAAAGAAUGUCCGCAAAAGCAAUUCGCGAAGCCACCGGUAAGGAUAUCAUCAACCGACACCUCGUGGGAGAUCAUGGCGCUGCCAAGUGUCGAUUCGCAUCCGUUGACGAGACCACACAAUGGACCCAGCUUGUUGCCGAUCACCCCUGGCUGGAAACUACCCCCCUUGUUGUAAAGCCGGAUCAGUUGAUCAAGCGACGAGGUAAACUGGGACUGAUUGCCGUCAACAAGAACUUCACCCAGGUCAAACAAUGGGUCGACGAGCGCAUGGGCAAAGACCAGAAGGUGGGCAACGCCACCGGCAAACUGCGAAACUUCAUCAUCGAACCGUUUGUCCCACAUAAAGAUAACGAAGAAGCAUACGUCUGUAUUUACUCUCACCGAACGGCAGACACUAUUCUGUUCUACCAUCAGGGAGGUGUCGAUAUCGGAGAUGUAGACUCGAAAGCACUGAAACUAGAUGUACCUGUUGGACAAGAUGUUACCCUGGAGAGCAUCGAAAAAGUGCUACUCACCGAAGUAGCAGCCGCUAAAAAGAAGCGAGUCGCCAGUUUUAUCUAUAAUUUGUACAAACUUUAUGUAGACUUGUACUUUACCUAUCUGGAAAUUAACCCCUUGGUCGUGACAGAGAGCUCCAUCUACAUUCUGGAUCUGGCAGCCAAGAUCGAUGCCACCGCCGAUUUCGUGUGCCGUCCCAAGUGGGGAGAGAUUGACUACCCGCCGCCAUUCGGACGUGAUGCCUAUCCGGAAGAGGCCUACAUUGCCGAUCUGGACGCAAAGAGCGGUGCUUCGCUGAAGCUCACCAUCCUGAACCGAAAUGGCCGGAUAUGGACGAUGGUGGCCGGUGGUGGUGCUAGUGUUAUUUAUUCCGAUACCAUUUGUGAUUUGGGUGGCGCCUCCGAACUGGCCAACUACGGCGAAUACAGUGGGGCUCCAUCCGAGCAGCAGACCUACGAGUAUGCCAAGACUAUUCUUAGCCUGAUGACUAGCAGCCCAAAGCACCCACAGGGCAAGGUGCUCAUCACCGGUGGAGGUAUUGCCAACUUUACCAACGUGGCAGCUACCUUCAGCGGUAUCAUUACGGCUCUGCGAGAAUUCCAGCAGAAGCUCAUCGAGCACAAUGUUUCCAUUUUCGUUCGACGUGCCGGUCCCAACUAUCAGGAAGGUUUGAGGAAAAUGCGCGAAAUCGGCAGCACGUUGGGAAUCCCUCUGUUCGUGUUUGGUCCGGAAACCCACAUGACUGCCAUCUGCGGUAUGGCCCUUGGUACCAAGGCAAUCCCAAAGAGUUGUAACGUUCACUUCGCCACGGCCAACUUCCUGCUCCCCGGCGGACAACAGGCUGCCGAUGCCGCCAAGAAGUCCUCCGCCGCUAGCAACGAUGCCGUCAACGUUACAGGUACUAUAGCACGAUUAGGGGUAGCAAGAUUGCUUUCGAAAAUUUUCUACGGUAGUUCUGGCAGUGAAACAGCAUCAACAUCAUCAACAGUUACUACACCUAGUGCAACACAAUCGGCGGCUGCAGCGACCAGCAGCAGCACCAUCAACAACGGCACAACGGUCAGCAGCCGACCAAUCAAGAGCAGUGGAACCGCAGUCAAGUACUCCCAGGUAGAGAUCGGCUCCGGCGAGUACCAACGGAUGUUCACCAACCGUACCAAGGCGCUGGUAUGGGGCAUGCAGACUCGUGCCGUCCAAUCCAUGUUGGACUUUGACUUCAUCUGUCGACGCGAAGAACCGUCCGUGGUAGCCAUGGUGUACCCCUUCACCGGGUACCACAAACAGAAGUUCUACUGGGGACACAAGGAAGUGCUGAUCCCGGUGUACUCCAAGAUGUCCGAGGCCAUCAACAAGCACAAGGAAGCCGACGUGCUGGUGAACUUCGCUUCACUCCGAUCGGCCUACGAAAGUUCGAUGGAAGUGCUGGACUAUCCGCAGAUCCGCACGAUUGCCAUCAUUGCCGAAGGUAUUCCGGAGAAUCUUACCCGCAAGCUGAACAUGGCCGCUCGGGAGAAGAACGUAUCCAUCAUUGGGCCGGCCACCGUCGGUGGGGUCAAGCCCGGAUGCUUCAAGAUCGGUAACACCGGUGGCAUGUUGGACAACAUCCUGCACUCGAAACUGUACCGUCCAGGCAGUGUAGCUUACGUAUCCCGUUCCGGCGGUAUGUCGAACGAGCUGAACAAUAUCAUUUCGUUGACGACGAACGGCGUGUUCGAGGGUGUGGCCAUUGGAGGAGAUCGUUACCCUGGAACCACCUUCAUGGACCAUAUUUUGCGAUACCAGGCCGAUCCUGACGCCAAGAUGAUCGUACUUCUUGGUGAAGUAGGUGGCGUUGAGGAAUAUGAAGUAUGUGAAGCUCUCCAGGACGGAAGAAUUACGAAGCCUUUGGUGGCAUGGUGCAUUGGAACUUGCGCUGGUAUGUUCACGUCUGAGGUUCAAUUCGGCCAUGCCGGAUCGUGUGCCAAUUCUGAUCGUGAAACCGCGACCGCCAAGAACAAGGCAUUAGCUGCCGCCGGAGCUCACGUUCCAGAUUCGUUCGACAACCUUGGUGAUCUGGUAGGAUCUGUGUAUGCCGACUUGGUCAAGAGUGGAGUGAUCGUUCCGGCGGAAGAAGUCCCACCGCCAACCGUACCCAUGGAUUACUCGUGGGCCCGCGAGUUGGGACUGAUCCGUAAGCCGGCCUCCUUCAUGACUUCGAUCUGUGACGAGCGAGGACAAGAACUGCUGUACGCUGGCAUGCCAAUCAGCGAUGUCCUGCAGAAGAAUGUCGGUAUUGGUGGCGUUGUCUCACUGUUGUGGUUCCAACGCUGCUUGCCACCGUACGUUUGCAAGUUCUUCGAAAUGUGUCUGAUGGUCACGGCUGACCAUGGACCGGCCGUAUCGGGAGCUCACAAUACUAUUGUGUGCGCUCGUGCCGGAAAGGAUCUCGUCUCGUCGGUGGUCAGCGGAUUGUUGACGAUUGGUGAUCGAUUCGGUGGUGCUUUGGAUGGUGCAGCCAAACAGUUCUCUGAAGCCUAUGAUUCCAACCUGCACCCUAUGGAAUUCGUGAACUCCAUGAGAAAGAAGGGUCAACUGAUCAUGGGCAUUGGACACCGUGUGAAGUCAAUCAACAACCCGGACAUCCGAGUCAAGAUCAUCAAAGAGUUCGUCAUGGAGAACUUCCCAGCCAAGCCCUUGCUCGAGUAUGCUCUGGAGGUGGAGAAAAUCACAACCAGCAAGAAGCCGAACUUGAUUCUAAACGUUGACGGUGUGAUUGCUACCUGCUUCGUCGAUAUGCUGCGAAACUGCGGAUCCUUCACCAGCGAGGAAGCUCAGGAGUACAUUAACAUCGGUGCUAUCAACUCGCUGUUCGUGUUGGGUCGCAGCGUCGGUUUCAUCGGUCACUACAUGGAUCAGAAGCGCCUGAAGCAGGGUCUGUACCGCCACCCAUGGGACGACAUCUCCUACGUGCUUCCGGAGCAGUACAACUAAAUUAGGAACAAUGACUGACGACGGCACUUGGAGUGUGUAUCCAUCGUGUGACAAGAACGACCGGGGGGCUUUAAGUCUAAUGACCUGACAUAGCACAACUGAGAUGUCUGUAUUUUCAUUAUUUUACGGUUCAUUCAUUGAACAGCUUACAAAUUUGACAAACUUGACUUGUGGCUGCGAUUUCCUCGAUCGAGGAAUCCCUGAAACAGAAUCUCGUUCAAACGGUAGAUUAAGAGAAACGAUGGAAUAUCCUGACUAUACGCAUCCAACUCAUUCCAUUUGUUAGAUUCAGUUCCCGUUUUCUCCCAUUAACUUUCGUCCCUUCAGAUACCCUUUCCUUCAUUUUCUCAUUCUCAAAAAACCUACAUUCUAUCUGAUGAUGCAUUUACCAUUUUCUUCCCGUAAAACAACUCACAAACUAUGCCCGUUUGGAACACCUAUCACAAGUUUUACCCCUCUAACAACGCUCAUGGUGAUAACAAUCAGAAUCGCCAUAUAAAAUAAAACUGCAACUUAAAAACGACGAAAACAUUUACUAUUUCCAGAGCGAAAACGUAAGAAUGCAUAUUAAAAAAAGAUAACAGCAACAAAUCUAUUUAAAUCCAAAUCAAAUUUAAGUUAUUUCCCUAAACUGUAAGAUCAUAAUUAAGUGUAAAAAUUAUAUUCUAUUGCCGGACAGAAGUUGAACGGAAAAUGUGACUAAAAUUGCUUCUAGUUUUAUUGGCAUACGUGGAAGUGUAAACAGUUUCUUUUUAGGUGGGAUCCUUGCAUGAAAGAGAUACAUUUUUUGUUACGCUAUGUUAUGAAGCGAAAAAGGAUUAUCCGUAAGAUGUAAUUUUUGUUCGUAACGGUCUAUGAUGAUAUCUUUUCUUUUAGUUUGAAUCACCCUUCACGUCUCUGAUCCUGAUUAUGUUUUGUGGUUUUCCUACUGUUGUUUUACGUUAGCGUUUUUUUUUCUCACCCAUUGUAUAACAGUUAGCAAAAUAGUUUUUUGUCUCAUUUUCAAUCCGGUCACUAUCUGUAAUUGCGUUCGUUGUAAGUGAAUCAUUAUUUUUACAGUUUUAUUGUAAUAAACUGAUGAGCCGAUUUCUUUCACA